UCAAAUAAGAAACGAAACUGAACAGUUCAGUUGCAAUUUAGUUGUUCAUCGUGUCGGACUUGAAUUAACUUGCGAGUCGUUUGUACACAUUUUUAGAAGCACUUGCGGCAAAGGAUUACCAAAGCGAAUCCAGCUUUUUAUUAUAUAUAACCCCUUUUCAAAAAAACAAGAAACAUAGAUAAAAUGGCUGAUCAACUUACAGAAGAACAAAUUGCCGAGUUCAAAGAAGCAUUCUCACUCUUUGAUAAGGAUGGCGAUGGUACCAUUACAACAAAGGAAUUGGGUACAGUCAUGCGGUCACUGGGUCAAAAUCCAACAGAAGCUGAAUUGCAGGACAUGAUAAAUGAAGUUGAUGCCGAUGGUAAUGGUACCAUUGAUUUUCCUGAAUUCCUAACAAUGAUGGCCCGUAAAAUGAAGGAUACCGAUAGUGAAGAGGAAAUCCGAGAGGCAUUCAGAGUAUUUGAUAAAGAUGGCAAUGGCUUCAUUUCAGCGGCUGAAUUGCGUCACGUCAUGACAAAUUUGGGUGAAAAAUUAACAGACGAAGAAGUCGAUGAGAUGAUCCGCGAGGCUGACAUCGACGGUGAUGGUCAAGUCAAUUACGAAGGUAGCAGCUUAUCAGAAGUAAUUAAACCCAUUGAUAAAAAUGAAUGUAUUGCUGAGUUAAUUAUGAAACGAUUAUGUCCUUAA